CUUACAAACACUAAUGUUAUAGUUAUGUGCUUCUCGUUCAAUUGGCCAGAUUCAUUGGAGAAUGUUAAAGUUAUUUGGUUACCAGAGGUGAAACAUUUCUGCCCAAAUGUUCCCAUUAUUUUGGUUGGCAACAAACGCGACUUGCGCAACGAUCCGAAAACUAUCGAGAACCUGUCUCUGCAAAGGCAGCAACCCGUCAAAAAAAAAGAGCGAAUGGAAAUGGCCGAAAGCUCCACCAAAUCAAAGGAGGGAAUUCGCGAAGAUUUCGAAGCAGCCACCAGAGCAUCGUUGCAGGUCGAUGAAACUAGGAAGCGAAUGAAAAGAUCAAUUUUUACUUUUGAUUCAAAUACCUUAAAAUUGAACUAAAUUUCAAGAUUAUAUAUCAAUUA